CGCAGAAAUACUGGCUGUGGGCGCGUAGGUGUUGUCGGCGUAGCUGUGUGGGCAGGUUUUUGCCCGCAUUUUUCCUCGUGAUCAUACCGAUUCUAAGGCAGGCACUGCAAAAAUGGAUCUCACACAUCGAUAGGCGUGAAUUGUGUGUUUAGAAUGCCUUCACGCCCACACGCACUUGUCGCGGGCAAGCGUGACGAGCUUGGAUGGAUUAUAUAUAUAUAUUAGGCCGCGCUCUUUCCUCUUCGAGUGGUGUCUGCGGGCGUCUCUAACUCGUGCUAGCGCGCGGAGGGGACAUGCGUCAUAUUGCCCAGAAAUAAGGUAGAGCGUUACAUGAAUAGGAAGUGACGUACAUCCAAGCACACACGUCAUUGUCUGACUGACUGCGUGUAGUUACAGCUGCUGCUCGUUCGUCUGUUUACAAACUUCUACUGCUGUGAUUGUGAUCGUGUUUUCUCUCCCAGCGAGGCGGUGUGAGAAAUGUAAAUUUGUGUGUGAGUUGCUAGCUUCAUUCUCAAGGCUGUGAGCUGAUAGAGAAACCUGGAACGAAAACAGAUCUAGAGUAUCGGAUAUCGGAAACGUUUCAUUCAAGUUGUAUUCAAGUGUAAACGUGGCUUUAGUAAAGAAAUAUAAAGAAGAAGAGGUAGAAGAAGAAGAAGAACAACAAGAGAAAGAAGAAGAAGCGGUUUAAGGAGGCAUACCUAAACGAAAACAGAGCUUCGGAUAUCAGAAACGUUUCUUUCAAAUUGUGUAAAAGUGUAUACGUGUUACUGUUAAAGAAGAGGGAGGAGAGUUGCAAGCAUAUAUAUAGACCACACCACAAAGAAAACACAGGUUUUCAUGUUGACAAUUGCUGUUGUGAUCAUUGUGUCGCGUCGCUAGACAGACCAGAGACUUUCUGCAACAAAAACCGGAACAUACACACAACACACGAACUACGGAACAUACUGUUACAUACGUCACAUGAUCAACAAUCAACAGCACAUAGACACAACACGAACUGCGGAAGGUCAACAGUAAAGUAAGCAAUCAACGGAGCAUACACACGGCAGACGACGUGCGGCGAGAGACGCUGUGGGCACACCAAGAACGCUCUCGGUUCCUGCUAGAGCUCGUUCCACACGUUCAUAGUUCCAUGUUCGCCCGGCGUCGCUCUGCGAUCUCCGACUACUUCCGAAGGUUAAAGUCGCAAGUCGACCACAAGAUGGCCACGUCGAUGUUGGGGUACAGGAGAGAGGGCGCCACCGGUGGCCGGCGGGGCGCGCACGGGGGCACGCCGCAGCCGCGCAUUCGUCUGCAGCCGAUCAGCGCCAGCGAGCUGUACCAGCGACGGACUCGGUCGGCGAACGACACGGUGCGAAACAGACGACAAGACGCUCGGACAAUGUCGCUAGGCAAUGCCAUCUGCGCGCGCUGCAGCGAGGGAUUUGGUGCCCAUGAGCAGAUGGUCAAUUCCGGAGGAGAGGUGUGGCACACCAAAUGCUUCGUUUGUGCACAGUGCUUCCAACCAUUUCCCGAUGGAGUAUUUUACGAGUUUGAAGGCAGAAAGUAUUGUGAACAUGACUUCCACGUUCUAUUCGCACCAUGCUGUGGAUUAUGCAGGCAAUGGGGAGGGAAGGCUGUGGGCACUGAUAAAUACAUGUGCCACAAGUGCCACACGGUCUGUGAGGAGGGCCACAUUAAAUAUAAGAGUGAAGUUUAUCAUCCAUACCAUUUCAACUGUAAAACAUGUGGUGUGGAGUUGAAUUUAAAUGCCAGAGAGAAAGAUGGGGAACUGUACUGCUUGCGAUGUCAUGACAAGAUGGGAAUUCCGAUAUGCGGCGCGUGCCGACGGCCGAUAGAGGACGCUCGUAUUGUCAACGCGAUGGGCAAGCAGUGGCAUGUAGAGCACUUUGUCUGCGCAAAGUGUGAGAAGCCGUUCCUCGGCAGCAGGCACUUUGAGAAGAAGGGACAAGCCUACUGUGAACUACACUACCAUAAGCUGUUUGGAAACGUUUGCUUCGUCUGCAACCAAGUUGUCACGGGAGACGUGUUCCAAGCACUUAACAAGAGCUGGUGCGUGCCACACUUUUCAUGUUCUCUAUGUGAUCAGAAAAUGGGUCCAAGGACCAAGUUUUACGAAUUCGACCUGAAACCCGUCUGUAAGAAGUGCUACGAGAGGUUUCCCGGUGAGCUGAAGAGACGACUAAUGAGGUCACUCAAGCAGUCGCCGUACAAAUAGCCAGCACGUGCGCGCUCGUGCGUUGUGCCGCGAGUCAGCCGCAGAUCGAUGUGAGUGCGAACAACGCGCCGCCGCCGCCGUCACCCGGGGGGCGAGAUCUACCCUUGCUUCGCCCGCGUCACAUCUACACGAUGCGCGCGCACCGACGCGGCACGACUCGACGUCCCCGCCCCCGCUCGCAGAAUCGCACGUUCGUAUUGCCAGUCGUGACGGAUACUUGUGUGAGUGGCCUAGAUACGUGAUGAACGACGACGGUAAGGACCGAACUUGUGCGUAGCGUGACCCGUGGCAUGACAGCGGUCGCAUGCGGUGACAGUGGUCACGCGUGGUAGUUACGGGGCUAAACAAGGUCGCGCGCGGUAGCUGCGUGGCGUGGCAAGGUCGCAUGUGCCUGAUGAGUUUACUGCUCAAAUAUGUUAGAAAAGAAGCGUGAAUUGCUACGAUAUUCGAUUAGAACCCUGUAGAGGUGCCUUACAGAUGGUAGAGUCGCGAAUUGUUCUCGCUCUGUGUGUUCGUCUUUCGUCACCUGCAUUUAUUCAUUUGUCGUGUAUUCAAUGUGGGUCUGUUAGCGUUGCCCCAAAGUGCAGGCAAUUUUACGCUGUUACAGGUUGUAAACGAUGGAAAAAUUCAUGUGCAUAAAAGAUGCAACGUGUAAUGCGGUAAGGCGCUUAGGUAGGUGAUCGUAUAAUAGAAGGACGAUACCAGCAGUUGUCUAUCACACAGAAUCGUAAAUGGUUGUGGGUAAUUAUGUGGGUGCUUACGUGGAAUGAAACAACAACUUAUAUUCGUGUAUGCGUAUUCGUGUGUGUAUUCGUGUAUUAGUAUAUGCGUGUCUAUUAUAGGAUUAUAGCAGAAAGAAUGGUCAGACGUGAAGGAGAUUUCAGAUUAAGUGCUACUAGGCUAUUGCUAAGCGUCGAAAGUGCAUAUCUGUAGCUAAAUGUUAAGAUAUAAGGUACCGUAUUCCUAUAGCUUGAAUGCUUAUAGAGUAGUGCAGAUGAUUAGGAUCUAUGAUACUUGCUGUGCAUAACUUGAUCUUGUACUUGAAGAAGUUUGAAGUUCAAGUAGAGAUCUAAAGGUCGUAGGGGGUGCAAUGGUUCUGUCAUACUGAUUCAAUAUCAGUUGCUCCUGUGUUCCUAACACUAAUAUCAAGUUUGUUCCAAGGCAGAGUAUAAACAAUUGAGGACUAAUUAUAGAGAAGUACUUAUUUUCAAGGCUAAGUAAAGCUAAGGGUAGGUUUGAGCUAAGUUAAAAGUAUUGUGGACCAUACUGUCUGCGCCACUAAGAUACAUUUGAUAAUGUGUUAAACCACAGGUAUAUAUUGCAAUUGGGUAGGCAAUAUUGAAGUAUUGCCUACAUGUACUGUGCCAAUAUGUCUUUGUAUUGCCUACCCGAUCUGACUGCAUUGCUUGUCGAGUCUAUUUUGUUCCAGUGCCAAAGUAGAAUGCGAAACAUGUUCAGCACGGGCUUGCUUGUUGUGUCGGUAUCAUUCCUAGUAUAAAAUCCUGCUCUUGGUAAAUAUGAUAUUUACACAGCAGUCUACCAUAUGUACUAAUAUAUACACACGGCUCUCUAUUGCUAUUCUUAUGCUAGUAAUAAUUACAUUCCUGAAUGCGAGGAUCUUUGUCCAUAUUAGGAUAUCUAUAUAUAUAUGUAUAAAUGGAAAGAGAUUUAUGUACAUUAGAUAUUUAUUUUAUUUAUAACUGGUCGUCAACAGCCUUGUUAGUAGUUUGUUUAACCAUAGAGCCAUGGCUUCAUAGGAUGUGCAGAGUGUAUAGCAAUUCGCCAUUUGUGACAUGCACCCAUGCCAUAUUUAACCGUAUUGUCAUAGCGGAGACCUGAUUUUACUUGCCAAUAUUGGGCAAUUGAUUUGUUUGUGUAUGCAAGGAAGGGUGUAGCUAAGACAAUCGCGUGUAAACCAUUAAAACGUGUAUAUUGGUUUUACACGAUCAGCGAUCUGUGAUGAACUAGCGUUGUGUGUGACGCCGGCAUGUUAUUAUAUGCUAUAUGUAUACACACAUAUAUAUAGGCCUAUGUAGGUACAUUAUCGUGAGAAUGUUUUAUGUCAUCGGAAUAGCGGUAACAUUCCAGCAACUAAAACUAAAACUAUCUGAGCUGUUCCCAGGCCUGCCGUGGCAAUGUCUGCGCAGUUCCCAUAGGUUUGUCGCACACUUGUGUGCGAAAUGCGAUUUAAAAAGGCGCAGUCUUCUGUGCAUGACCUUUCCUGUUUGACCUUACUAUGCGAAUACUGGAUAAAAUAAACGUGCCUAUCUGGUGGCAUUGAAAAGUGCAAAA